AUGAGACUCAUCAACGUUGCGACGAUGGAAAUGGAAGAAUUCUUGGGGGACUGUCCGCCGUACACCAUUUUGUCGCACACUUGGGGUGGAAGAGAGACCAGUUACGAAGAUUUCAGACUUGCCGACAACAGCCUAAGGAGAUCCUUUUCGAAGGUGCAGAAUGUAUCACGCAUCGCUGAAGAGCAUGGCCUCAGCUAUUGCUGGAUUGACACAUGCUGCAUCGACAAAUCGUCGGCCGCGGAAGUGGUGGAGGCGAUCAAUUCAAUGUAUCAGAUGUAUGAGAGGUCUGCGAACUGCUGCGUGUACUUGGCCGAUCUGUCUCCAGGCCUUUCUUUGUACGACGAGCAGUCAAUAACGUCGGCGUUAUCAAAGUGCAAGUGGUUCACCCGAUCCUGGACUCUUCAAGAACUGAUCGCUCCUUGCCGAGUUUUGUUUUACGACAGCUCAUGGAACUUUGUUGGUGAAAGAGGAUUUAUGCCGUUUCUACGGUCCCUGGGAGUGAUAACGAACAUCCCAGUACCAUUACUCGCCGGUGAUGCCCAACUGCACCAAGUAUCUGUAGGCGACAAAAUGUCCUGGGCGGCAGGCCGGAAGGCUACAAGGGUUGAGGACAUAGCAUAUUCUCUUCUUGGCCUAUUCGAUGUUUGCAUGCCUCUAUUUUAUGGGGAGGGAAGUAAGGCCUUCACACGUUUGCAAGAGGAGAUUCUCAAACAUACCACAGAUACGUCUAUCUUGGCCUGGACUUCACACCGGCCGACGACUUUCCGCGGCAUCUUAGCAGAGUCGCCUGAUGAAUUCCUUGGGUUUAAAAGCAGUCAAAUACCGAGGGGUCCGUAUAUUGGCGAUUACGAGAUGCGCUUCACUAAUAGAGGGCUUCGGUUUGAUGGAUGUUUUGUACUGCGAAUGGGAGGAGAAGAAGCUAUCAUGGAGCUCACCACCUCCAGUGAUACGCCAUUUGAGGAGAGAGUGGGAAUAUGGCUCCGAAGAAUCGGUGGUACGUUUGUCAGGUCACGGCCUCAGACCUUGGCCAUUCUCACAGGGGCUCAUGGAACUCCCGAAGCCCUUUACGCCAGUAUAGGAGGCGCCGGGUUGGCUGCAUUACUAUCCAGAUUCACAACUCAAACGGAUAGUAACAUACAGAGCGAUCAGGAAAGGAAUUCACACUUGACUGCACAAUACCAACGGAGCUGCCUCGGCCUCUGCCAAACGCGAUCACCCGAUGGAUACACUCAGCAUUCACCGGAAACAACGCAAAACACAGACCACGAAGACGGCCACACUCAAACUGCACGCCCUCAGACCCAGGCUUUGACAAGUAUCAGGGUCAUCAAAAGUAUAUCAAACAGUCGCUGGGAUGAGGUAUCCUGCCUAGCACAGCGCACGACUAUCAUUGACUCUGAGAACCAAAGUUCAUAUAGUGGCAGCCAGGACGAUGCUCUCCAAAGCACUGAUCAUCAUACAGGAAUGGAUGAUGUUGAUAAUGAAGCACGACUCCCUCCGGGCCACCCAUUUCUUAGGGUACGCCAGGAGCUCGUGAUGUCAGCAUUAGACAGCUUUCGAAAUUGGGCUGAUAAUCGUCCUGUCGCUCAUCAUUUGGACACAGGAGCAAACCAUGAAGCUCUUUGUGGCGACGGGGGUACGCAUCCCCCUAACCUCGAGGGAAAAGAUGCAGCGACAAGCGCAUCGUCCACAGCUUUUCAGGGUUCAUUACUGGAGCCCGGAUCUCAGAACCUAUUUUCGUGCCCUUACUACAAGAGCAACAAUAUACGUUAUACCGACUGUCUCAAGACGUCGGAACUUAGAACUAUACACGACGUGGUCCAGCACCUAUGGCUGAGGCAUAAGCAGUCCCCCUACUGUCCUGUAUGCUUCACCACAUUUGAGCAUAUGGCUGCACGCGACCAGCACAUCAUUGCCAGAAAUUGUUCACCGAAAUCCCCUGUCCAAAUAGAGGGGAUAUCGAACAAUCAAAAAUGGCAGAUAGACAGUGUCAUGUUCCAAAACAAAUCACAACGGAAUCAGUGGCAUGAUGUAUGGCAAUUUCUGUUCCCUGAAAAUCCAUGUCCAAGAUCGAUUUACAACGAUGAUGAAAUGGAAGUUGCCAUCACCAAAAUUCGCACAUACUGGAGAUCCCAUGGUCGUCAGAUCGUCGGCACGUUUCUCGCCGCAAAGGGACUUCUGAAUUGGGAGAUGGAGAACGAAGAGCAAGACCUUUCUGCAAUUCACUCCAUAGUGUUGUUUGAUCUGAUGGACGCGCAGCUGUCCAGUGACUCUAAUUUUGUCUCGGCCAACACUCUGUCGCAUAGGGUCAAGACUUGGCCAGGUGCAUCACCCGAGGAUGAUCGAGCCACUUUCAUUCGGUCAGAUAAACGCAAGACAAUUACGGAUGGCUCCAUGCUGCCUGAACGUUACGCCGACAACAAGCGGCAGAGAUCAAUUAGUCGACCCCGUGGUCGGCCGCUCAAGACCCUUAGACGGAAAGCGCACUGA